UCGGCUGCUGCACGUCGUCGUCCUCCUUCUCUGAAAAGUAAUACAUUUUGUACGGGGUUUCUCUUCCUGGUGGCGGUGGUGACGGUUUGGUUAGUUCGCUUGGGGUCUCCUCCGGUUCGAAUACGCGGAUUGCUUUCAGUUCUCGUCAUUCUACGCGCCAGAGCGGAAACACCAAAGUUUGCCAAAGUCGUCGUCGGCAAGUCACGCCAACGGAAGUGCAUUGUGCAUAUAUGCCACGGUCACGUUGCUCGUCGUUGCCCGCCGUUAUCCGCGUAACGUGGGUGUGAGUGUUUAACGAUUGUGUCGAGGGGGAGUGAUAACCGUAGAAUACCUGUACGCCAUGCUGUUUUGUGUGUGGUUUUGGUGAGAUAAAACCGACCAUGUUUGACCAGUUAAAGUGAUGUGACAAGUGAAUUAAAGUGUGAUUACCCAGAGAAAUUAGUGAAAUGAUCUCAUAUUGUUACGGAAAUUUUUAUGCUCAACUGUGAUUUGUGAUGUGACACUUUACCUUUUCGAGAGGAUUUAAUUUACUACAUCGAUCGAAGGAUUAUACCAUUUCGGAAUUUUUCUAGCACAACCACAAUUCAACAACGAAGAUCAUCAAAUCAAAUUCUAAGGUCUUGCCACGCGCUGCGCCAUGAAGGAGAAGAGCAAAAAUGCGGCCCGCUCCCGGCGCGAGAAGGAAAACGCCGAGUUCCUCGAGUUGGCCAAAUUGCUGCCGCUGCCGAGUGCCAUCACGUCGCAGCUCGAUAAGGCUUCCAUCAUUAGACUAACUACCUCGUACCUGAAGAUGCGCCAGGUGUUCCCCGAAGGCCUGGGGGAAGCCUGGGGCUCACAGCACAUCCCGACCAAUCCCCGUGACAUGGCCAUCAAAGAGCUGGGCUCCCAUCUGCUCCAAACGUUGGAUGGGUUCAUCUUCGUGGUGGCCCCCGACGGCAAGAUAAUGUACAUCUCCGAGACGGCGUCGGUUCAUUUGGGCCUGAGCCAAGUGGAGCUGACGGGUAACUCCAUCUACGAGUACAUCCACAACUACGAUCAGGACGAGAUGACAUCGGUACUAUCGUUGCAACCGAACAUGUUUGGACCGCCAGCACCUCCACCACCACCCUCACAACCUCCGGCUUCCGCCAAUCCAACGGUGGCCAUCAUAACCCCCCUGCUCCCAAACGUGGAACCGACCGUCGUCAGUCAAGGACCAACAUCAGACUCACCUCCACAAACCAUGAGUUGUCCUCCCUCGAUAUCGCCGAGCCUUAGUAUACCACCCACAUCCGUACCGCCCCACCUGGGGCCACCCCCACAACAGGUGCAUUCACCCUCGCUAGGACAAAUCCCCCCGCCCCAUCUUACCCCGAAUAUCCCAGCAACCCCUCCCCAGCAUCACCCCCAUCACCAUCAGCCUACUACUCCUCAUCAUCAUCACCACCACCCACACCAUCAUCACCAUCACCAUCAUCAUCAUCAUCCCUUCAACCAGCAGUCGCAAACAAUCGAGAUCGAGAGGACGUUCUUCCUGCGGAUGAAGUGCGUGCUGGCCAAGCGGAACGCCGGUCUCACCACUUCCGGGUACAAGGUCAUCCACUGCUCCGGGUACCUGAAGGCCCGCAUCUAUCCCGGUGAUUCGACGUACGGCGACGGGCACAGUUGCAUCCAAAACCUUGGGCUGGUGGCGGUCGGCCACUCGCUGCCCCCGUCCGCCAUCACCGAAAUCAAACUGCACCAGAACAUGUUUAUGUUUCGCGCCAGCAUGGACCUGAAACUGAUCUUCCUCGACGCCAAGGUUGCCCAGCUGACUGGAUAUGAACCGCAGGAUCUGAUUGAGAAAACACUGUACCAGUAUAUUCAUGCGUCCGAUAUCCUGCACAUGCGAUAUUCCCACCAAAUACUGAUGUACAAAGGACAAGUGACGACAAAGUACUAUCGAUUUCUAACGAAGGGCGGCGGAUGGACGUGGGUGCAGUCGUAUGCCACCGUGGUGCACAACACGAGAUCGUCUCGGCCGCACUGCAUCGUCAGCGUUAACUACGUACUUAGCAAACAAGAAGCGCACGAUCUGCUCCUGAACGAAAUCCAGGGACCGAUGAUUCCCAAACCGGAAAUCAAAACUCCCCUGGCCACGCCGGCCAGUGCCGGCUCCACUCCAAUCUCCCCACCAUCGCAGCAUCACGUCCCGAUGCAAAUGCACCAACCGGCGCAGCAGUCGCCCUCCCAGCAACAACAACAGCACCAUCAGCAACAGUCAGCGCCCAUUCUGCAGCCCCACAAUCCGUUGCUGGUGAAAGAAAUGAGCAACUACCUUCAGCUGCACCAAUUCGACCAGGACGAUAACAGCCUGCAUCAGAUGGUGGUGCAGACGAACAACUUACUCCAUCCGAGUGGUCAAGAGUUCGAGCAUCAGUACAACAGUCAGGGUAGCUUCAUGAUGGAUUCCAAUCAAUCGAUGUCUCAGGGAACGCCCAGCGAGUACCUGGACUCGUACUACGACCCGGCAUUCUACCAGUCGUUUGACCCUCAAGCCGAUGGCUCAAAUGUGCUUCGACCGUUCUCUGCCAGUUCGAAUAGUUGCAGCAGUUCCGAUGGGGAAGCCCAUCUUAAUGCGACCUACAUCCCCAACACGGCACUGAUCCAACACCAGCAGCCGGGGUACGAUGAGAUAAAUCAACACUUCGGUCUGAACUGUUUCAACAAUAAUAAUACCAGCAACGGCAAUGGCGCCAUUCCUGCCAACGGUCAUUUGAAUGGUGGUCUCAACAGUCACACUCUACAUCACCAGCACAGUGCCAACAGCAAUAACGGAAGCAACAGUAGCAGCGCCAGUGCUGCCAACAGUAAUAACAACAAUCACGACAAUGGCUUCAUGGAUGAGUUCAAAGUAAGCCAACAGCAUCACCAUCAUCCCCAGCAGCAGCAACAGCAUGUCGUCCCUCAGCAGCACCAUCAUCCGCACCACCAACAACAUCACCACCACAGUCACAACGGGGCAGGGGGAGGACCUCAGUACACCAGCGUGAUUGUGGAGCCGCAAAACUAUCAUCUGCCGGUCACGCAAAACGAAUUUGUGCAUUAGGCGCCGCCAUUUUCCCCCUCCUUUCCCUCCGGGAAGGAGUUUAUGCAUCGUCAGUGGGCAAAAACUGACUGAAAGCAGCAAAGAAUUCAGCAGUUUGUGCUGCCGUUGAUUGUGAAUAACGAGUUAGACUAUUUUUGAAAAGGAAAACCUCUAAAGGGAAUCGAUUGAUACUAGUUUCAACCAUUGCGAGUUGAUCUGAGGGGCUCAUUUAGUCCCAAAUUCCCUUGCAUUUUAGUAGUUUUUCUAGAACUUAUUAUAGUUUUGCGUCUUGUUUCAUGUGAUUAUUGUUUCGAAAUGUUUUCAUAUUGUACAGAGAUACAGUGCUGGACAUUAUUAUGUAAUGUCGUUUUUCACACAAAAUUUUCAAGCUAGGAGAUUUGAAGCUUGGUUUUUAGUGAUCCGAUUCACCGUGCCUCAAAAAUAAGGACUGUUCAUUUAGGAAAGUGGACACGUGUUUUUUACAGUAAACUGU